AUGACGGUGAUAACGAACGGAUUCAUGGAAGGUUGUUUGCCGGAGGAAUUGAAGACGGUGCUUCGAUCAGUGGCGUCCGAAUUGGGGGAUGUGAUCGAUGACAUGGACUCAAUUCAGGUGAGCCCUCUGAAGGGGGCCAUGACUAAUGAGGUGUACCAGAUAAAUUGGCCGUUGAACGAUAAGCCGGAUCUCGUCAAAAAGAUUUUGGUUCGGAUUUACAGCGAAGGAGUCGAGCUCUUCUUCAUCCGGGACGAUGAAGUGCAGACGUUUGAGUGCAUAUCAAAGCAUGGGCAAGGGCCUCGUUUGCUCGGCCGGUUCGCGGAAGGAAAGGUGGAGGAGUUCAUCCAUGCGAGGAGUACCACGAAACUUCUCCUGCUCUUUGAAUUUAGGGGACGUAGUUCUGUCUCGAAUGAGUAA